UGCAACGGGACUCCUGAGAGUCGUCGGGUCCUGUACUGUAAGGCUCCCCUGACCGCUGUCUGUCCUCCUCCUCCAGUCAAGCACAGCGGCAGCGUGACCUUCGACGAGAUUGUCGCCAUCGCCCGCCAGAUGAGACCCCGCUCCAUCGCCAGGGAGCUCUCCGGGACUAUCAAGGAGAUCCUGGGAACCGCCCAGUCUGUGGGCUGUACCAUCGAUGGCCGGCCCCCCCACGAUGUCAUUGAUGACAUCAACAGUGGCAAAGUGGAAUGCCCUGCAGAGUAAAAUGAUGCACUUCAGAACAAGGGGAAGGAAGAUGAGAUGAAAAUAAAUUUAUAAGAAAAAAAAGUCA